AUGGCUCUCCGGGUGGUCUGGCUCCUGCUCGCGCUGUCCAGUGUGUGGAGCGCGCGUUCCUGCUGGGCGCACACUUGUCCAACCAUCUGCCGCUGCAGCUCGGACACCUUUCAGUGCAGCAGAGACACUCAGCUGGCCUCCCCAUCACGACCAAAAUCCGUGCCUCGACUGUGAGUAACACAGCUUUUUAGCUUCAGGGUUAAUAGCUGCUGAGUGGAACCUCUGUGACACUCCUGGACCAGGUCUAAAUGAGCCUCUUCUGGUGCUCUUAUGGACUCUUCUUGUAGCUCCAUAUUUCAGCUUUUCAUUUCACAAACUGCAACUUACAAUAAGUUUAAAGCAAAACCAACUUGUGACAUCCUUAUAUUUUUUCUCUUCUGAACUUAAAUCUGACAGGUGGCUCUCUCAGCUUCGCUUCAAAGAAGUUCCCACUCAUGCCUUCAAGGAGCUCAUCAACAUUACAAUGAUGUAAGUUACCUCACACUUUCCUCGUGCUUUUGUUUAAUAAGAUAGUAUUCAUCACAUGUUCAUAAAUUUGGCCUUAAAGUUGGUUUAACUUGGAAAAAGGGAGCAGGGAUAGUCUGAAGAGACAUAUCAGCUUUGACUAAACCAUGAGGAAGUAUUAUGGCUCACUCUUAAAACUCAGUUUAAUAUACAUCAGUCAGUAUAAUGACAUACAACCAAUCUGAAGUACAUGUAAGACAAAUAUAAAUCCUAACUACAGCUAAAUUAUCUGAAACAUUUAAUUUUUUCAUGAUAAAAAUGCAAAUAAGUCUGCAGGAAAAUGCAAUGAAUGUGCUUAAAAAAAAACUUUUCACCACAUUAAUUUUUUCAAAGCUGUUAAAAUAUGUUCCCCUUCAUAUGGGGCCAAUGCAAUCAGGGUAUUUACUGUCUUUUCUUUCUUAGACAAUUAAAGCAAAAACAGUCUAUAGUGAGAAUAUUUGACAUUUAUCUGAGAAAUCACCCAGUGUCUCCAUCAAGGAUGUCAGAAAACUACUAAUUUACUAGAAGUUAAGAUGAAAAUUGACAUUCUUAACUAGCUCGCUUUUCUGAAAGUUGUUAAAAACUCAGAUAAUCGAGCACAAGUUCAACACAGGAUGAGAAAGUCUCCAAGUAAAUAAGAGUGUUUGGGUAAGUGUGGCUAACAUUAGCAGAGCUAGCACCAACAGCGUUUUGUCCCUCAGCUUAACGUCUGCACACCUGCCCUGGUUACCAAUGAUUUUAUACCAGUUUAAAGCUCCUGUGAGACGUUUUUUGAAAUUUAUGAAAUAGCCUGAAACUCAUACAGAUGCCUUUAAUGACAUAUAAAAGCAAAUAAGACGAAAAAUUGCAACAUAAAGAUCAUUCAUUUUGUUCUUAAUUAAGUCUGAAACCUGAACGAGAGGGUAGGUGUCAGCCAAGCAGCUGGAAAAACAGCCGUUUUUACAUUUUUCUUUGAAGUUGUUCACAUUAAAUGACAAAUUUGAUUGUCACAGCAGAUUAGGCCUGUACAGGACAAGAAAAGCAAAGACUGCUUUGUCCACAGGGGGCGCCAAAUGACACAAACUGAAAGUUUCUCACAGGAGCUUUAACGAGACGGAGCCUUUGUACGACUUUAUUUUUUAUUUGCUAGAUCAGGAUACGUCAAAACUUGGCUGGAAUGCAAGAUGUCAUCUGUGCUCAUUUACAUGCAGGUAGUAGAUAAUUUUUGAGACAUGGCACUUGUCUUUAGACAGAGCUACAGCCCCACCUAGAGGCAGGUGGCUGUGCUGCAACUUAGGCACAACAUUUGCCCAAUAUUUCAGGCAUGCAAUAGUAAGAAUAAAGAAUAAACUGUGAAGUGGUUUUAAAGCAGACAUCUCUAGUUUAUCAAAUUAAAAGUGUGCACAUAAGGUCAAACUAAUUUUUAAAUAGAAUAUUUUUUUUAUUAUGAUCAAGUGAACUCGUACUUGUGUGAAAAGCUCUCGCUUUAGCUGUUUACCUGACACCCAUGACUCUACAGGUACAAUAAUAGAGACAGUAAGGUCAUGGUUUGAGUGGGAACAGAUAUUUGUAAGGGAAGAGAGCUGUAAGAAGUGUCACACUGUUGCUGUUAAAUGAUGAAAUAGCAGAUUAGGAAUAUCACCACCCCAAAGUAAUCAGCUGUUCCCUCGAUGAGAUGACUAUCAGGGUUAUAAAUUUAAGAAAAAUCUGAUUACAGCUGGGUGAUACAUCUUACUAAAAACAGACAAAGCCAAAAUAUAACCUCUUUUCAUCUUAAUCAGUGGUUAAUUAGGUCUCAUUUUUAUCGUGUUUACAGCCUCUUCACACUCUGUCCUAAAGCACUGACAUUAUCCCGAAUGGGCUUCACUGUUUAAUUAAUACAUCACCGCUGAUAACGAUUUUCAGCUCGUGGCGAAAUCUUUUCCAAAUUGGCUUUUUGUUGUCUGACUUUGCUCCCUCCCUCCGCUCCUCAGGGACGAGUCUUAUCAGCCUCAGAUACUUACAGAUAAAACAAGUUGGAAGUUUAAAAGGGGUUACAGUCCCGAAAGCUGCGACGCUACGGUGCAAGUAGGCCAAUAAAACCUGUGUCAAGGUAGAGUGACAAGAAGAGCUCGCUGAUGACGCAAACUGAAAAUCGUUCCUGGACGAAGAUGUGAAAAAGCUGUAAUUAUGGCACCAUACAUUAUGCAAUUAGAAGCGAGUACAAGAAAGAAAGGAAAAUAAUGUAAGCAGCACAGAUGGUGUCAUUUAAUUGUUCUCUGUUUGAAGAAGAGAGAUGCUAGUUUAAGAAAAUUGUGGUCUGAUUAAAGAGAGUGACAGAUUAUGAAAAAGUAGAAGAAGGGUGGCUUUGAAGACCAAGUUGCCUCAAUCAGAAAACAAAGUGUUCAAGGACACAUAAAGAAGUCUUGUUGACUUUGUCUCUGAAGGUCUUUGUUAUGUCCUCCUUUAAAACACAUCUUCACUCAGUCUUCCUGCCCCAGAUGCAUCCUUGAUAUAUGUUUGGAGUUUUUCCAAACAUGAGGUGAAGCAUGUGAGUGCAGAGCGUCCUAGAAGCAUAAAUGUUGGAGGUAGUAUUUUCAUAUUCCCCUUGGUUUGUGUCCUGAUAUCAAUCAGCUCCGUCCUAUUUUUAAAGAAAGUUUAUUAAAAAGAAAGAAAUCCAAAACUUAGAAAUGUUAAAACUAUUUGAAACAAAAAUUCAUAAUAACUUUCUUAAAGGUGCAGUGCAGAGAAAUGGGAAUAUCGAGCAAUGUCAUGCAGCUAGUUUCUAGAGUGAAAUGCUCCCCUAAGGUGUCGGUGUCAUUUAGGGACAUAAAGCUUCUGAGUUCAUUAGUGCAAUCCACCACUUUUAGUAUCAAAAACAUCUAUCAGUAUUAAUUUUUAAUGACACUACAGCCACUCUCAUCUUUUUUGUCCAUCUACCUGAGCAUGCCAUGACUGCGUGUCCACUCACUAAAUACGUAAGUUUAUAAGUGUGUUCUUUCCUUACAUGGCAGGACAAGAUAAAAAAGUUUAUAAAAACAGGCAUUUAUAAAUUCAGUUGAUUAUUCCUUCACUUAAACAUACUUAUGAAUAUCAUAUUCAGUUUCAAGUACUUUAAUACAAAUGGGGUUUUCAAGGCCAUAUGGUUAAGGCGGGGCCCUCAUGUACUACGGCUGUAGUUCUUUUUGCAGCAGUCGCUGGUUUGACCUGGCACAACUAUUUAAUGGAUGCCAUCAUUGCCGUACAAUCUGAUAUGAUACAAUACAAUACCAUUCAAUAUGAUACAUUACUAUCUAAUAUGUAAUGCAAGACUGUGAUACAAUACUAUCUGAUGUGAUAAUACCUGAAAUUUUAUCCUAACAUCUGAGAUACGAUACAAUUCUAUAUGAUACGAUACCAUUGAGUGCGAUAUUAUCUUAUUGGAACUUUUACAAUGUAAUAUAAUCCAAUCUGAUUGGAAAUGAUCCAGUCCGAUAUGGUACUGUACAGUCUGAUAUGAUACAGUCUGGUCCGAUCCUUUACAAUAGAACACAGUCCAAAACGACAAGAUGCAGUUUGAUACAAAAUGAUACAAUACAAUAGACUACAAGACGAUGCCAGACAAUUUGAUACUAUGCGAUACGAUAUGUUACGUUAUGUUACAUUACGUUGUGUUACGUUAUGUCACGUUAUGUAACAUUACCUUACGAUACGUUAUGCUACGUUACGUUAAGAUACAAUACAAUACGAUACGAUACGUUAAGAUAUGAUACGAUACGAUACGAUACGAUAUGAUCCCCCCAGGGACAUUUGUCCUGAGCUAAAGUGCUGCACACAUUUACUGGCCUUCACACUUGGCAAAUAGAAAACAAAGAAAGCAAACAAUAUUACAUAGAAAGAAAUACAAAGGACAGCUAGAAACUGUAUUAUGAAUUCCCAUGUGCCAUUGUUGUCUGACAAACAAGACUAAUGGUAAAUUAUUUCAAGACUGGACCUUCUUGGAAAAUAACCACAACAACAAAUUGAGAUGGAUAAGAUUCAUGUGAGGAACUUUUGGUUAGACUUCAUUUUGGCGCCCUCUCUGGACAAAGUGAUGUCUUGUAACUCUUUACUGCUCUUCUGUACGAGUGCAAGUUGUGUUUACUGAUAUAAUCUCAUUAUCUCUGAGAAAAGAGGCCAUCAGUCACUUCCUUUUGAGGGCUAUCCCCAGCAGUUACAGGCAUUUAAUACUAAGCCUGUUACACAAGCAGAGAUUUAAGUAAACUCUUAUUUUUGAUAUCAUAAACGCAGCUCAUUUCUCCACUCCAGAUUUUUGGAAGCUUUCAUACUUGCUUCAGUAAAAUCCUGCAUUUUCUAGCUUGAACCGAGAGAUUUCAAGAUGUAAUUUGUUUACAGACUCAGUUAAUCUGUUGACUGAUGUGAAGCCAUUUCUUUGUUCUACAGUGAGAUUUCCCAGAGCGACUGCAUCAGGCAGAUAAAGAGACAUGCCUUCAUUUCCCUCCACAGUCUGGCUCAAAUGUAAGUGACACGCUACCUCCUAUUACACGUCAAACUACGCCCGCACGAUGAAAGCAAUUAUUUAUUUGAACAGCUGGUAUGUGUUUUGCAUUUCAUUGAAGUUUCACAGGAUUAGUCGCUCAAUUACAAAGCGGCAUGUUUAAUCCUUGACUUUCAGAGCGGCUGAUGUACCAAUGGGCUGCUCCGUGUUUGUUUGUUGACAGCCACUGACAACAAUAUUAUAAUUACUGAAACAUUUCCUCAAAUUUAUCCCCGCAGCUUGGUGAAGAAUAUCAACAGUCUGAGGGUUAUUGAAAAGGGGGCCUUCACUGACCUGCCAAAGCUGGAGUAUCUGUAAGCCGCUCUUUUUACUCUGACAUUUGUUGACUUAAAUCCAGCUGACCAGGAGGUCGGCCAAGUUUUCUUUUGGUUAAACUGUUAUAACUUAUUAUCAGCAGGUAAAAUAGUUGGGUUAAGAUGCUGAGAGCGUCAUUUUAACUAAUGAUUAGCGUGGAUCUGACGUCACUUUAAGUUUAACACAGGACUGUAGAAUGUAAACAUGAACGCAACACUGCUGCCAUCACAGCAAAUGCUCCAUUAAAUUUUGGUUAGAUUCCUGCUUUAGUCAACAGAAUCUAAUCAUUCAAAUGCUCAAUUCUGAUUGGUCCAAACACUCUUUACAACAGCUAUUAAUUCUGAGCACUGAAGGUAAAGCAACCCAAGUGCACAUGUCAGUGGUAUCACAUCAGUGUACAGGAAGGAUGAUAAAGGUCAAAUUUUAGUAAAAGGGGAAACCAGGAAGUUGGGCGGUUUGCUGGGCAUUCUAGCUAAUCAUGUCAUUGUAAUAAUUCAAGCUUAUGCAAAAUUUUGUAAACGCAUUCGACAAGAAGAGACUAGUAAGAAUUUCUGUUGCGAUGCACAGUUUAAACGCAAUACUAAUACGCAGAAAAGUCAUUUAAAAAAAAGUUGUUUGAAGCUCCUGUGAGGAACUUUAGGUUUGUGUCUAUUUUGGCGCCCCCUGUGGACAAAACAGUCUUUGCUUUAAUUGUCUUCUACUUGCUGAUGUAAGAAUGGAAAAAAUUUAAUUCUUCCAACUUUUCAUCGUCAGAUUUAUCAUAUGUAGUGCAUUUUAUAUGGAAAUUGUAAAGACAAGGCUGUUUCUUUAGCUACUCAGCUGACACCGACCCCCUCUGCACCAGUUUCAGGCAUUCAAAGUUAUGUCUAAAAAAUCAUCAGUCAUGUCUUUGAUGGUCCUGUUUGCUUUUGCAAUUUAUAAAAAGGCAACAGUAUGAGUUUAAGUCCAUUUCUUAGAUGUCAUAAAAUUGCUCACAGGAGCUUUAAGUGCAGCAACUGAUUCGCUUCAAACCAAUAUUUAAUAUUUUUAAUGAGAAUUUGAAAAUUUCUAAGAUUUACAUCAACGACUUCUAUGUUCAAAAGAAAACAUGCACAUCCAACGUUUGUUACUGCUAGUCAUACUAGAGAAAAUAAAAGUUUAAUUUACGUCGCAGACAUGACACGAAAAAUCACAUCUAAUUUGUAAUCUAAUAGUUUCUGCAGCUCAUACUGAAAUUCUUCUUUACUAGCUGAGACUCUGAUAUCUUGUUUGACGAUUUGUGCUUAUCUGAGUGUGAUCAUUUGUCUCACUUUCUCAUCUUUACAGGAGCAUCUCUAACACAGGACUGAUACACCUCCCAGACUUCACGACUAUCUCUUCCCUGGUGCCGAAUGUUAUCCUGUAAGUAAUUGCAUUUUUAAAAAUAGUGUAUUUUUUUAACUGGAUUGGCAUCUUUCUACACAACUUCAUAUUUGUCAUCGUGCAUCUCAAAGUAGAACCCAAGUUGUUUAUUUUAAGCCUGGUUUCACUUUUAUCUUUCAAUGUCACGAUGCCACCAACCCACCGCAAAUCCUCCAACUGGGUCACAGUUCAUCAAAGAGAUCUUUUUUUCUGAAUAUGCAUAAUUUUGUCUAACUGAUAAAUCAGCCAAACAGCCCGAGUGAAUGUUAUCUCCUCUGUGUGCAGAGAAAUGGCAGAAAACAUGAGGAUAGACGUUAUUCCUGCCAAUUCUUUCCAGGGCAUCACAGAGGGAUAUGUUGACAUGUGAGUACAGGAGCCAAAUUCUCUCUGUUACCUCAUUAUCAGACCCAGGAGCUACAAAUUGUCGCCAUUUGUUAGGAAUGUGUUUGGACUUGUCUCCGUAUACUUAUGUAAUUGGAUGUUCAGUUCUUUGACCUUGGUGAUAAGUGCUUUUCACCACUAACUCACGCUUAUAACAUCGUGUCCUUGACAGGAACCUGGUCAGAAACGGCUUCAAAGAAAUAAGAUCGCAUGCUUUUAACGGCACCAAGCUCAACACGCUGUAAGCAUUUUUCAUAAUUGAGUCUUCUUUCAUGUCACACCAACAGCAACACGACACACUGACACAGUGAAGGUUUAAGGUCUCUUUCCUCCUAAUCAUAAAAACUCAGUGUACCAGUAAACAAGAGUUAUGUAAGACUAAACAUGAUUGGAUGCCCUGUUGUUUUCCAGCUUUGCCCCGAACUGCUGAGUAUCGAUGGGGACGAGAUAUGUGCAGACACCAUGCAGUCUAAAAAUAAUACUCCUCUCUUUCUUUGUGUCAAGUUGAGGAAAUGAAAAGUAGAUGAAAAAUGGUUCGGGGCAUUGUUGGCCAUUAAAGUGUCAACUUAAAUUUUCAUUCCUAUUGCAUGUUAACUGCAGAAAUGCUGUUUGAACCAAAGGUCACUUGUAGAAAAACUGUGUUUUAUGUAUUUUGCAGAAUUUUGAGAGACAACAGAUUUCUCAGUAACAUCCAAGAGGACACUUUUGAAGGAGCCACCGGUCCAAGUUUUCUGUGAGUAAAAGAAAUUCAAGCUCAAUAACACCUUUGACGCCUUUCCCCUCAGGUCUGCGGAACAUUAAUAUGUCUUUCUCCUCACUGUUAGAGAUUAAAAAACCAAAACUUUGCUGUUUAGGUACCCAAUGUGUUUUGUACACAGAAGCACACAGCUGCUUUCAAGGAACAGCCCUCAAAUAUGUUUGACCCAACUAUGAUCAACAGCUACCAACCAAAAGUCAAUUUUUUUCAGAGCUUUUUUGAAAGCAAAACAGAUCCAAGACCUUGCUGAAAAAAAAAUAUUAACUAUGACGCAGAAAACGGCACAGGAAAAAUAGUGAUUAUGAAUAAUUUCAGUUUAUAAAUACUGCCGACGAGUAGCCUAAAACUUUCCCAAAACUUUCCCCCCACUCUUUGUAAAAGCUUUAAAAUCUUAAGUUCAUUUUUUCUCUUUGAUAAUACAACAAAGUGUUAACAUGUUGCGUGUUCAUGUGUUAUUAGGAGAUACAUCAAUGUAGGGCUACUGUAGGACACGCUGUUAGGCAACAUCACCCUCAGAUAUGUAUGCAUUAUGUUUUAUAAACUGACUACAUGAUUCUAAGUGAUAUCUGCAUCUGUACAAUGACAACAUGCUAAAUAAGAGUCACAAAGUCAAAAUUUUUCCUGUGGUUUAAAUAUCGUCAAUAAAUUUACACCAUUUAAAAAAAAAUCCUUUUUCCAGGACAGAUGAGGGAAAUUUAAACCGAGGACAGACACACAGUGAUUUUCAAAAUUUAGACACCACAAAUUUAACUAAAAUGAAACAAACAUUUCAAACAAUAAAACUGAGAAAUUUUAUUUCUUUUAGAGAAUUUAAUUUCCUGUGAUUUCGAGAAUGGACUGUUUUUAUUCGUCACCUUUCAGCUGCUCAAUAGUUUGUUAAAUUUUAUGUUUCAAUUUACCAAAAACUUUAAACUAGAGAAAAGUCUGAAAUGAAAACAGGCCGGGGCUCUUCUUCCAACCUUCAUACCUUCCUUCCUACCUUCCUACCUCCUUUCUUUCCUUGGUGCCUUCUUUUCCUCCUUCCUUCCAUCCCACCUUCCUUCCUUCUUUCCUUCCCCCCAUCUUUUUCUUGCUUUGUUGCCUCCACUCUUCCUUCUUUCUUUCCCUCUCUUCUUCCUUUUCUCCCUCUGUUCCUAACCCCCCCUUCCUUCUUUCCUCCCUUCCUUCUUAGUUCCUGUCUUCCUUCUAUCCUUCCUUCCCUCCUCCUCUCAUCUUCCCUCUAUCCUACCUCCCUCCUAUCUUUCCUCUGUCCUCCCUUUCUCCUUGUAGCCAUGGUAACAGAUUGUGUUCACAGACUGUGGAUUUUGGAAUUAAUUUGGAUCUCAUGCAGCGACUUCCACUUCAGAGUCAUGCAGUUUUCAACAUUCAGAAACACAUUAAUUUUUUUUAACUUUGUACCUUGCGUACAGACAUGUAUUUUAAAACCUUUCACUAAAGUUUUGUGCUAUAGAUGAUGAAAUUUGAGGCUUUUAUUGCAAUUCUAUAUUACAAACUUAAAGUCCAAGUUUUUGCCUAAUAGAGCAAUUUUCCAAAAACAAUUACAUUUCUCAGUAAAGCAUUGUAAAACAUAUGUUGUUGUGAUAUUUUCAAUUAAAUAUAGAGUUUUGCAAAUCACCAGACUGUUUUUGUUUAUCCAGUGACAGAUUUUUUUGCAAAUGAGGUUGUAAAAAAACUGCACCUAAAUAUUGUUUAGGAGUUAAUACACUUGGCAACUUCUCACCAUCUGUAGAAAUAAAUCAGUCUCUCAAAAGUUCAUACUCUACAGAUGAGAUGGUGGAAUCCAUAAACAGGAAAUAAAUGAUUGUGUCAAAGUCAAGCAUGAUAAGAGACAAUCGUCUUUAUCUUUUGUUGUUUGUUUGUUUCAACAGCAUUAAGGCGGCCAUGUUGGCUCUGGGUCAGUAAAGCCAGAUUAAUAUUCAUAACAAUGUUUAUCAUUGUAUUGUAUAAACAUGAGGGCGGUGACAGCUUGUCUGUGUAAACAACCAACCCGGCAGGCUGGACUGCAGAAUACUGAUUAGUGAACAAACAGCCCAGACUGCAGAGACUACAGCUUACAAGGUCUCUGAUUGCAAGAAACCCUGAGCCAGAGAUAUGAAAUUUGCUCUUAUCUUGGAUAUGAAUUGGUCUGUGUGCUAUUCACAGAGACAUGAAGGAAAUGCUAAAGGUCUUCCUUUAGUCUGCGUAAGGUCCAGUGUGGUACUUCUGGGUACCUUUUUAAGAUGUGACUGAUGUCAGGUUCAAAAUAAUCCAAUCAUAGGAGGGAGCUGAGUGGAGAGGAAAUGUGCUUCGGAUGAAAUGAAGGCCGUCUUUGGUAAAUGUCAAUUAAAACAAAACUAGACUUUCAGAUGAAGCAUUUCUGGAAUGAAUAUGCAUCACCUUGAAAAUGUGCUUGAUUUAUUCGUUGCCUUGUUGAAUAUGUAAAAAAUACAAUAUCAGACUUGGCUGUGAAGGGAAUUAGUUAAACACUUUUGGGAGAUUCAACUGUUUCAGCAGAAACAGCCUCAACAAAACAAAAAAUAACGUCUCUUCUGGAAGGAAAGACCAACUCUGAAAAUCUAUGAAAAUGAAACUGAUGUCCAAUAAAGAAAUGUUGACUUUAGCGACUUGCUGUCAUUGUCACACAAACCAGCUCAACAAAACUGUCGUCUCUAUAGCAUAUGUCUUCUCUGUAAAGUCACCAACUGGUUUCUGGAGAGGCGCCAUGUUGGAAAUGCUCACUCUACCGAGGCCCAGUCCAUAUGUCGGGGAUUAUACUCAGUCAAUUUGCAGUAAAAAAAAAAAACAGCUUUUCUGCCAUUAUAUCACACUGCAGGAGUAAACACAUAGAUCAAGCUCAAUAGUUUUGACUUCACUACACUGUGAACGGUUAAAGAUCACUGUUUGAUUUGCUGGUGCACAGUGUUCUGACAUUAAGAAACACAGUCCAUUUCAAAAUCAUAGAAAGUUGUGCCAGGCCUGAAAUGUAAAAAACAAGCAUAUAGUUUUCCAAAUGUGAUCAAUUUUCUCAGUUUUAAUAUUUUUAGAUGUUGUCUUUGUGCAUCUUUGGUUAAAAAUUGGGUUUUAAUGAUUUUGAGGCUGUAAACAUGUUUGAUUCUGUUGUAAAAAUUGUCUUUUUCAUAAAGGACCGAAUUGGUUUGUUGAGGUUUUUGGCAGCCAGCCUCUAGUGGACACUUGAGGAACUGCAGUUUUUUCCAUUUCUUCAUUAGCAUGGUGGUUAUGCAAAAUAGCAUCCGAACAGGGUGAGAUCAGACCCUGAUAAGCAGAGGGUCUUAUUAUCUAGAUAUCACCUCCAGCUGUGUCCUCGUUAUUUGGGGUUAAUAACAGUUAAAGGGUUUUGACCAAUCAGAAUCAAGUAUUGAAUAUAGCCUGCCUGGUAAGUAGCGAAAAAAACAAACAGUUAUUACAGCAGAGCAAACAAUACUUCUGCAAAAGCAGCAAAAGGGCGAAGCUGCAGAAGUGACCCCACUAAAUCAUGAGGAAAAUUUAUUGUACCUCUCCAUGCGCUCCUGGUGUCUGGUUUGUUUCUAAAGUAACAACUGCACUGUCUAAAAAAACCAUAAUUACACAGAUUCUCCGCACUGUAAAAUUGGAUUCGUCAGGAAACCAGGACCGAGCAUGAAAUAUCUUUCAGAGGAGCCUGUAGCUGCUGCGCCUUGAUUAUUAUUUCACUGUAUGCAUGAUCUACACCGUCAGAUUUGAAGUGUUCAUAUUUCCUGGAACAGAAAGCAAACAAUCAGAGGACACAGACUAAAGGACGGGUUAGUUUUCUGCAUCAUAAACUAAAUUCAUGCAGGUUCCCAGAAUGCAACGCACGCAGUUUAUGCUGUCUUAACAGCCCGGCUUUGUUCUGUGCAAUAAUAAACUAAAAAGUGACAGAUCAGCAAGUUUUCAUGUAUAUCAACACUUAGCUGUGAUACUGAGCAGAACUUCAGGGGAAAGAUGAUGCUCCCCAGACGAUAAAAAUCCCAAACCCUGAAAAUAACCUCCAUUUUUAACUCUACUUCUGUCUUUGUGGCUCUUUGUGGUAACCGAACCGUCUGCUUUCUGUGUGUGUGAUUCAGGGAUGUUUCCUCGACAGCUCUGAGCUCUCUCCCCCCUAAAGGCCUGAGGGGGGUGAGGUUUCUCAAAGCCAGUUCUGCCUUUGCUCUGAAGACCCUCCCUCCUCUGGACAGCCUCUCUGAUCUGCUGGAGGCCGAGCUCACAUACCCCAGCCACUGCUGCGCCUUCCACACAUGGCGGCGGAAACAAAGGUAAGCGCUCCUGGAGAUGAAUUAAUCCAUUCACAUCUGCAUAAAGAGCAAUGCUGGGUCUUCUGAAUACAGAUCAUCAGAAAGUUUGGUCAUUAGCGGCCGAGUUUAUCGAUUUCUGUUCGGUCUAACCUUUCCUUGAUUCCUUUCCAGGGAAAGUGCUCCAAAGAACUUCACAAAGUUUUGUGAUUUCAGCGAAACUGAAAUGUAAGUAACUUUCUUCUCGCCCAGAGAUAACACAGUUUUUCUGGGGUGAGGAAUGAGGCUGCAAUUUUUGGUUCAGUGUUAAAAAAAUUCAAUACUUAUAUUGUUCUGCAGACUUUUGACUCUUAUACACGCAGCUUCUUUUCUCCAAAACAGUUUGAUGAUGUUUGGUGAUGUAGCAUUUUCACUGUCAAGGAGGGUAAAACUAAGUUUAAAUUAGUAAACUGAUCACAAGAAUCAGGACACUGAAAGAAGUUAAAGCCUGUAAUUGAUUGAAAAUAGUGUUUGAACUAGCUGCCAAAUGUUGACACUAAAAAAAGUUAUUACUAUAUGAAAAAUACAGCAUUUGCUUACUUCAAGUAGCUGAGAAAGGGGCAACAAAACACUGUCAUAUGUACAAAAACACUACAUCUCUGGACUACUGGACUGACUUAACUUGAAUUAAGUUAGUAACAUAACUGAGACCCUGUCCACACAGAAACAAAAUUUAGGAGUAAACGCAAAAUUUUUCUGUCAUAUCCACACAGAAACGGCGUGACUGUUCACGAUACUUUUUAAAAACGGGUCCUAGAGUGCACAAAUCAGUAAACGACAUUCUUUUUGUCUUCAUGUGGAUGCCUAUUCGCGUCACUCUUGAAAGGAUUUCGUCACACACAGCGUAUAUGCAUGUUCUGUACUCUUCUUCUUCUAUCUUUUGGUGCAUUUCCGAGAGCAGCAUCAUAGCGCCACUUACUGGCUUGGCAUAUGAACGACAUCGUUUUCAUUGGUUCCGUUUAAAGAGAUGAUAGAAAGCCUUUUUAUUUUUACAGUGAAGUUUGGUGAAGUUGUCACUAAAUAAAAAAAUCGAAGUUGAAAAUCAAGUUUUCAGAGAAAAAAAAAAAAUCGAGAUUUCCUUUUAGGCCAAAAUCCUGCAGCCUUAGUCUGAGUAUAACAACAGCACAACAGAGGAAAAGAUGGAAAAAGGUUUAACAGCUCUGUGAGAGACUGUGUGAGGAACUUAUUUAGUGAUUUGAGUCUUCGAACACAUUCUGUCGCUGUAUAAAUGCACUUAAAAUUGUAGUGUGCAAAAAGGAAGCCAUCUUUAAACGACCCACAAACAAUCUGCAAAAGCUGACGUCACCAUCAAAUCACCAUCAAAAGGUCAAACAUACAUCCAAAACAGGCGCUGACGAACAAUACGAAACAGAAAAAAAUAAGAAUUUUGUCUAAGAAUGUUUUUACAAAUAAUUCAAAUAAAAUAAUACAAAUAAAUCUCAGGUGAGCAAUUAAGUUUGACUUGCAAUCAUCAUAGUGUAAAUAUUUUGCAUUAUUGGAGAAAAUGUUUUUUUUUUCUUCUGGGUAAACAACAAAACAAUGAGCCAAAUUUCUUAAAUGUAACAGAAGUUUGUCGCUUCAGAGCCAAAGUCUCUCACUGUUUCCCUCCAGGGCGACUUUAAACUUCACCAGAGUUAAAAAUAAACUCUCAGGAGGAGUCACAAAUAACACAGAUGAACCUCUUUUUGCACUCUUAAUCAGCAUGUCCUUGUUUGCGUCAAUCGACAAACUCUAUAAAGCAGUUACAUUUCUUCAUUAAUAAAGUCGUGUCAUUGAUAAAUGUGAAUAAUUCUCAUAAACUCUUUUCCUGUUAUCUCACUUUUCUGUGUUUCCUUCAGAGAGCCAACAACAGAUGGCAUGAAUGUCAUCGAUGACAUCAACUUCCAGUAUCCAGACCUGGAGUUAAAUUGCCUCAACAACCCCUUCGUCAAAUGCACGCCAAAGCCGGAUGCGUUCAACCCCUGCGAGGACCUGUUGGGUUUCCCCUUCCUGCGCUGUCUCACCUGGAUCAUCACCGUUUCUGCGGUGAGCGGUAACCUGGCUGUCCUGAUCAUUCUUCUCAUCAGCCACCACAAACUGACCAUCUCCAGGUUCCUCAUGUGCAACCUCGCUUUCGCUGACCUGUGCAUGGGGCUCUACCUGAUGCUGAUCGCCGUCAUGGACCAGCACUCGCGGCACGAGUACUACAACCACGCCACAGACUGGCAGACGGGGCCCGGAUGUGGCGUGGCAGGGUUUCUGACCGUGUUCGCCAGUGAGCUGUCUGUGUACACGCUGACAGUGAUUAGUCUUGAACGCUGGCACACCAUCACAAACGCCAUGCAUGUGAAUAAAAGGCUGAAGAUGCAUCAUGUGGCGGCCAUGAUGGGGGCCGGUUGGGGGUUCUCCUUGCUGGUGGCUCUCCUCCCUCUGGUGGGCGUCAGCAGUUACAGCAAAGUGAGCAUCUGUCUGCCCAUGGACAUCGACACGCUGGGCUCUCAGAUUUACGUCGUGGCCGUUCUCAUCCUCAACGUCGCCGCUUUCAUGGUGGUCUGCUUCUGCUACGUUUGCAUUUAUUUGAACGUCCACAACCCGGAGCACUCCGCCCGAAACGGAGACACCAAGAUAGCCAAGAGGAUGGCUGUGCUCAUCUUCACGGACUUUGUUUGCAUGGCGCCCAUCUCCUUCUUCGCCAUCUCUGGGGCUCUGCGUAUGCCCCUCAUCACCGUGUCUCACUCCAAGAUCCUGCUCAUCCUUUUUUACCCCAUUAACUCCCUCUGCAACCCGUUCCUGUACACCCUCUUCACCCGAGCCUUCAGGAAAGACGUGUGCCAGCUGUUGAGUCGCUGCGGCUGUUGCAAAGCAAACCCGAACUACAGGCCGCAGACUCUGGCCUCACACCUGAACUCCACCCACAAGAAAUCCACAAAAAAAACUCCCUCGCUGCGCUUUUACGCCUACCACAUUAAAAUGAAGGGGUGCUUUAUGAACAAAGGAGCCACAUGA